AUGGCCGUGGGGAGCGGGCCGUGCUUGCUCGCCGUGGCGCUUCUCGCCGCCGCUUGGAUCUCCGACGCUUCGUCAUCGGAUAAGCAGGCAGACAGCAGCCAGCAAUAUGUCAACUGCAUGCCUUGCUCUAGGACGUACAUUGCUGACGCAUAUGUCGAUGCCUUGACGAGCCAGCUCUCUGAGCAUCGUGAAUUGACCGAAGUACGUGAUACCGCCGACUUGUGUAAAGGACUUGCUGAUGAACUUGAUGUGCCUACGCUUUCAGAAGUGAAUCGUCAGCUGGUUGGCGAAGGUUCCCACCGCCGCUUGAUCUAUUCUAUCAAAUUUGGUAACUCCAAAGAUGCCAUGGUACAAUUCCUUGAUGGUUACGAUGCCAAUCUGGUGAUACUUGAAAAGCUCCCGAGUGGUGUAUUUGCUGACCCAUUUGAGCUGCAGCACUUUGUUGAGCGGAAAGUUUUUCUCGAUGUUGCUGUUUUUGGAGACACGAACCUUGAACUGCCCUCCGCUCUGUCCAACCGGUCAGCUGUUGAGAUUCAUUUUGAUCUCAAGCCAAGCACAUCGAUGGACUAUAACCUUGUAAUAGAGCUUCCUCUCCAUGCUAGAUAUCCACCUCUUGAUGCCAGCGGUUACGCAACGGUUGAGUUCGGCAGCCCAGACCUGCUCCUCCGUUACAGGAGAAAGGAAACCCGUCCUGAUCCCUGUGUGUGGGCCCUCCAGAAUCUCCACGCCACGCCUGUGGAGAAAGCCGCAUGGCGCAUACCCUGUGGCGACGAAGCGCACACGGGAUUUGUAUCUAGCCUCACUUUCAUUUCAGCUCUGGUUUGCUCCAUGUCCAUAGUCUUAGCAGCUUCCCUAACUCCUUGA